AUGGGGGAAGAUGCGGAUAAUAGAGCCCUUCGAGAAGAGAUCGCAGGCUUGGAAUCCCGGCUUCGGGCAGCGAGAGCCAAACUACCCUCGAAAACAGAAACUCGAUCCCAUGGUAAAGCUACAGUCCCGUUAUCCGUUUUAUCCAUCCAUUCCUGCAAACUUUGCGCAACGGUGGCGACCCCAGAAACGCACUUUCUCCUGUUACUCUCCGAUUCCGCUCUCCCCCUCGGCUCAUUCGCCUUUUCCGGUGGCCUGGAAUCCUACACUGCCCACCGCCCAUCAACCUCCACGCCCAGGGAAACCACUGAACGAUUCCUGAGGCUCUCCGUGAGCUCGCUAUCACGCGCCGCACUCCCCUUCGUCCUGGAAGCGCACAGGGAGCCAGAGGCAGCCCUAACGCUGGACGACGUCUUCGAUGCCUCGACAAUCUGCACCGUGGCCCGACGUGCUAGCGUAAGUCAAGGCCGGGCCUUGCUCACAGUGCACGAGAAGUCCUUCUCUUCAUCGCUACCCCCAUCGCCAGAGCUGGAGGCCUACCGCCGAGCCCUCCGCGCGGAGAACGUGCGGGAUAGAGCAAGUGGGCACUUCCCCGUCGUCUACGGCCUUCUAUGUAACCUCGCUGGUAUAAGUCUGGAGGGAACUGGCUACCUGUUUCUGCUGGGCCACGUCAAAGCCGUGUUGUCCGCUGCUGUUCGUCAGAGCCUUAUAGGGCCUUACCAUAUGCAAGCGCUGCUUGCUGCGGAGAGUACGCGUAGGAUCAUGGAUGAUGCGUUGACUGUUGCGAAGGGGAUCGCGGUGGAGGAUGCGGGCCAGUCGGUUCCGACCUUGGAUUUGUAUCAGGGGAGGCACGAAUUACUUUAUUCAAGGGUUUUUAACUCUUAGAGCGAAGGCGAAGAGAUAGGCGGGCUGAGGGUUGAGGCUUGCGGUUGAGGAUGCUUUCCGGUGGGUUAGAUAUCGGGAGAGGCUACAAGUUUGUUUAACGUUGGAUAAAAUAUGUGUCCUAGAUCUCUCGUUUACCCAUUGAUCAGCGCCUUUCUUUUUCGGCGAACAGCGUCAUCGUGGCUCACAAGGGACGUGAGCCCGAGGUGCCAUGAAAUAGCUAGACUAGCUGCUGGUUGAUCUGGACUUAGCUUAGUUCAAUAUAUU